CUGGAGUAGAAAGAAGCAUAGCAGUAUCAUGGAAGACGAGUUCCGAUAUGGUUCUGACAAGCAAUGCUAGAGGACCCGUAAAAUAAAUUGCAACCUCGCUGGAUAAUGCUGGAUAACACUGGAUAUCGUGGAAGAUAUUACUGCACUGAAAAGAAAGAUCAUCUUGCGUAUGUCUGCCUCCAACAUCUAGCGAUGGAGGAAGCAUGUGGAGACAAUGAUGCUACCUGCAUUUAAGGUUGGAGUGAGAUGCCUACAGAGUCUUCCUAAGCGGGGUGACAUGUGCUUGUGUUGGAGUGAGUUAUUGGACUGAUGGUUAAUGGCCAACUCACCCAGCGGUAGUUAUGGUAGACUUAUCUACGCGCCGCGCCUACAUGAUAACACUUCUGAACAGUGGCGAUAACCACAGCGUGGACAAUGUCUUCUACACUCCAGAAACUGAUCACCCCCCUGGCAGAGGGACCCGCUGACCCCCCCAGGAACAAGGUCACCGUGGUGGGAGUCGGCAUGGUGGGCAUGGCCUGUGCCGUUAGCGUCCUGCUCAGGGACCUGGCUGAUGAGCUGGCCCUGGUUGACGUGAUGGAGGACAAGCUGAAGGGAGAGAUGAUGGAUCUGCAGCACGGCAGCCUCUUCCUCAAGACACCCGUCAUCGUGGCCGACAAGGACUACGCGGUGACGGCCAACUCCCGUGUGGUGGUGGUGACGGCCGGCGUGCGUCAGCAGGAGGGCGAGAGCCGCCUGAACCUGGUGCAGAGGAACGUCAACAUCUUCAAGCACAUCAUCCCCCAGAUCGUCAAGUACAGCCCCAACUGCAUCAUCGUCGUGGUCUCCAACCCAGUGGAUGUCCUGACCUACGUGACCUGGAAGCUGAGCGGUCUGCCCAAGCACCGCGUGAUUGGCAGCGGCACCAACCUGGACUCGGCCCGCUUCCGCUACCUGAUGGCCGAGAGGCUGGGCAUCCACUCUAGCAGCUUCAACGGCUGGAUCCUGGGAGAGCACGGAGACACCAGCGUGCCUGUGUGGAGCGGCACCAACGUGGCCGGCGUGAACCUGCAGAAGCUGAACCCUGACAUGGGCAGCGACGGAGACAAGGAGAACUGGAAGGACGCCCACAAGAUGGUGGUCGACAGUGCGUAUGAGGUGAUCAGGCUGAAGGGCUACACCAACUGGGCCAUUGGCCUGAGCGUGGCCGACCUGACCGAGUCCCUGGUCAAGAACAUGAACAGGGUGCACCCCGUCUCCACCAUGGUCAAGGGCAUGUAUGGCAUCGACGAGGAGGUGUACCUGAGCCUGCCGUGCGUGCUGAACAGCACCGGCGUGUGCAGUGUGGUCAACAUGACGCUGACAGGAGAGGAGAUCGGGCAGCUGAAGAAGAGCGCAGACACCCUGUGGGGCAUCCAGAAGGAUCUCAAGGACCUGUAGACUACUACUACUGCUGUGUCAACUACUGUCCCUACUUACCUGCUAUAUAUGUGCUCACACAGACCCACACACACACACACACACACUCACACACACGCUAAACAUACAGGUAUACCAGCGUUUUAGUCUGAUACUCCAAAAACCUGAUGUGCUCAGUUUUACGUAGCUACACUCCUGCCAUAACUGAGUGAUCCACUCUCUGUCCACAAACUCUCCCACGCUCCUGUUUUAAAAUAUCACUCCGAAACCUCAAACACGCCGCGCGUACGCACACACACACACACACACACACACACGCACAUGCACGCACAUGCACAGACGCCCACACACUUACACACACUCCUAGCUGUCAUGGAAGGCGGAUGCAAGAGUCUUGUACUUCCGUCCCGUUCCCCAUUCUUUGCCCGUAGGCCUCCAUACAUGUAUUUGAUGUGAUCGAUCUAUUGCUAUUGGUUGUGGUAUUGUUUUGCUUAAAUGGUCCGUGUUAUUUUUUCAAAUUGCAAAGAAACAAACAAGCUAUGAAACGUACAAGUACUCCCCGCUGACGUGGGGACGAUAUGUCGGAUGAUAUCCGUCUCACUCAGCUGUGGCGAGUACUUAGGAACAAGUCAAGUCAAUUGCGUAACGAACAAGAGACGAAUGUAUAGGCUUUAGCAUUGUAACAAUUGAAAUCCUCCCUUCAAGGCAAAUGCAGCUACUCUGGUGAUAGGCUUUUCCAUGCACCCUAUGCCUCAAAUACUCCUAUGGCUGCUCCAAUGUAGGGCCAGUGAGUUUUUCCAUCUCCUUUCACACUAUUCUACUCCAGUAGUGUGCUGCUCUAGUGUGCUCUACACAUGCACACACUGACACAAGACACAAACGCACACACUCAGUCAUACACACUAGUAGCGCUUCAUUGAUCCCGCGUGUGGAGGGAAGCGAUAUGUGUUCUCUCACACACACACACACACACACACACACACACACACACACACACACACACACACACACACACACACACACACACACACACACACACACACACACAGUUUAAUAGGGAGGUCGGCCAUAGUGGAGGUGAACAGAACAUUACCCUCUUGUUUUUUUUAUUUUCAAGAAAUCAAAAUGGAACCCGUUAGAUUGGCAUUCACAUUUGUUGAAUGAGUGUAAAGCUGACAUCAAUUAUGAUUAAGUUAAUAAACAUGUAAUCUGAAAUGUC